AUGGAAGGAGUCCGUAUCGUUCCUAAUGCUGGGCUUGCAGCGGAUUUUGGAGCCAGUUUACUCCCGUCAUUGACUCAGCGCAACAUUCUCAGCCAUGACCUUAUCAGCAAUAGGCGUUGGCAACAGGACUGGUUUGCAAGUGCUGGUGUCAAAGGCAGGAUUACAACGCGCCAAGUAGGUGCUCGCCAGUUAAGCUCUGAGAAUGAGUAUGAACGGCGCCUAUUGAGGUCUGACCUUAAGGGCAUCCUCGACAAGGAUUCGACGAGACCUCUAAACUUUUUCUUCAAUGGAAAUCUAGCUUUCGAGUCGGGCCUUGAUACAUGGGAUCCGCCCGACUACGAUCAACCCCCUCCAUCGUACCAGGAUGCGGUUAAUGACCUACCUCCUGAUUAUGACACACUCUCCCCGUUAGCCCGACAGAAAGACCUGAUUGACGAAUCAGCGCCAGGUAAAAUUUCGGGGGUUUUCGAGGACAACUCUUCUUCUGGGCCUAUUGACUUCGACGAUCCGACCGGUAUCCGAGAAUACAAAGGAGGAAAGAAGAAGAAGAAAGGAGGAGGCGGUGGAGGCGGGGGCGGAGGCGGAGGCGGAGGGGCACCACCGCCGCAAGAGAGUACACCACCACCAGAUGAUAACGGUGGAGAGCAGCCGAAUGAAGGUGGAGAUGCCGGACAGAACAAUGGCGAUGGAGGGAAUGACGGCGGGGACCCUGGCGAUGGGAACAACGGGGGUGAUGGAAAUGGUGACGGCGGUGACGGAGGCGAUGACUGGGAUGCUUGGAACACCACCAGCAGCAAAAAGGAUAAGAAGAAGAAAAAGAAGGAAGAGGAAGAAGAACGGAUGAGGAAAGAAGAGGAGGAGCGGCUAGCGAAGGAGGAGGAGGAACGGAAGGCGAAAGAGGAAGAAGAACGAAAAGCAGCCGAGGAAGCAGCGGCUGCUCAGGCUAACAGUCUCAGUUGGGCUGAUGAAGCUGACGGGGCUGGGGACGAUUCGUGGGGGGGGUUUGCCACAGUUGGGAAGAAAAAGAAGAAGAAGGGAAAGGAUAUCGAUCCGCCACCUGUUGAGGCACCGCCGAACGCCUUUCAGGAUGUGAGUCUGAAUGAUAGUGGGGUCCCCCAGUUGGACCUGAAUCUUGAUCCCCCUGCUGCCAACAAUGGUGGUGCUGGCUUCAGUUUCGGAGGAUGGGGCAAGGAUUGGAACACCGGAAGUAAAUGGGGUCUGGACUCUCUCAAUAUGAAUGGCAACGGCAAUGCCGAUAGUGGAAAGAGUACCAACCCUUGGGGCGCCAUUGGCAGUAAGAAAGGCCCCUCAAAGAGCCCUGGUGGUUUUGAUUUCGGGGACUUUGGAAACUCAGGUGAUGCCGGGCAGGAGGAUGCUCCUGCAGGAGAGAAGAAGCCUGAAGAUGAUAUUUGGGCUGAUUUCGCGCCAGUUAGCGCUAAGGAUAAGAAGAAGAAAAAGAAAGAUGUUCUGGAGGAACUCCCCAAGGAACCUGAGCCUGAGCCUGAACCGCUACCAACUCCUGAACCAGCACCUGCGGUAGAUGAUAGCUGGGCGGCCGGUCUUUCCAAGAAGGAAAAGCGAAAGGCAAAGAAAGGGCUUACCAAAGUUGCCGAGGAGCCGCAGGCUCCUGAGCCUGUCAUUGAGGGACCGAAAACAGACAACGUUUGGCGCACAGCUGAAGAAAAGAAGGAGCCAGAAAAGGCUCCCGAGAUGGCCGAUGAUAAUGACUGGAGCUGGGAUGCUUCGACCAAGAAGAAAGACAAAAUGAAGAAAGGCGUACUGGAGACAGUUGCUCCCGAGGAGUCUCCCGCCCCUGAACCUCCCGCACCCGAGCCCGCCCCCGCGGAAGACGAUUGGGGAAUCGCUUGGGGAUCAGUCGGCAAGAAGGACAAAAAGUCCAAAAAGGGAGCGGUUGUUGAAGAGCCUGCGCCUGUUGUUGAAGAACCACCCCCUGAAUCGCAACCAGAGCCUGCACCAGAACAAAAGGCACCCGAUGAUGCUUGGGGAGGCUGGGAUGUUCCCAAGAAAGAGAAGAAGAAGAAGAAGGGAAAGGUCGUUGAGCCUGAGCCUGAGCCUGAGCCCGAACCUAUUCCUGAGCCUGAGCCUGUAGCUGAACCCGAGCCCGGGCCUGUGGCUGAACCCGAACCUGAGCCGGAGCCGGAGCCUGAACCUGAGAGGAAAGCCCCUGGAUUACCCGAUGAUCCACUUUACGACAAUUGGAUAAAUUUGUCGUCAAAGGAGCGGAAAAAGCGCGAGAAAGCAUUAAAAAAGAAAGGCCUUCCGAUACCUGGAAAGGACAUCGAGAUUCCACCAGCAGAAGCAGAACCUGCGCUAGAAGCGGCUCCUGAACCUCCUGUGGAACCUGAGCCCGAGCCUCCUGAGCCCGAGCCGGUCAUUGAACCACAACCAGAGCCUGAGCCGGUUCCCAAGCCAGUGCAGGAAGAACCUGUAGUCGAGGAUAGCUGGGGCAUCUGGACCUCAAAGGACAAGAAAAAGUCCAAGAAGAGCAAGAUUGCCGAUGACCCGCCGCCCCCUGCCCCAACCCCUCCCUCACUAGGACUGGAUCCCGACCCCCCGGUUCCGGAAGAGGUGGCGGAGGAUCUCCUGUGCGAUAAUGGAACCAAGCCUUCUAAAGGAACCAAAAAGGGAUCCUUGGGUGUGGAUGAACCUCCCGCCAAGGCAGCAAGGGGAUUUUGGGCGACGCUCGGUGCAGCCACAAUGGGCUCCAGACCAAAGGCUACAGGGAAGAAAUCAGAGGAGAAGCCAAAGCUCAUUGAACCAGCAAUGGAAUCUGAGCCCGAACCAGAACCACCCGUACCUGCCCCGGAGCCUCCUGCUGAUCUUCUUGGGGACAUUGGGCAUGCACCUGUGCCUGAAGCGCCUGAGCCGCCCGUCCUUGACGAGCCAGCUGCGCCAGCCGCGCCGCCACCAAAAAGCACCUCCAAGACCAAGUCAUCCGCCAAGCUCUCAGUUGCAGAGCGCAUCAAAGCCCUCGAGCAAGCCAAAAAAGAGAGGUUGAAGGAGAAAGCGAAAGCUAAAGAGACCGUACCACCACCGGAACCCCCUCAGGAAGAGCCUGCCGUAGAGGUCCCGCUUGAGCCUGUCGAAGCACCCAAGAUCUCUCGGGAGUCUGUGCCGGGAAGCUUCCCAGACGCCUUUGAGGACGACUUCCAGGAACCUCCACCUCCUGCUCCCGAACCAGAGCCGGAGCCAUCGGUUGAUCCACCGCGUGAGCCUGAGCCUGAGCCUGAGCCUGCUCCGGCUCCGGCUCCUUUGUCCAAAAAAGCCGAGAAGAAGAAAAAGAAGAAAGGUAAGCUCGUGGAACCUGAGCCUGAGCCGGCACCAGUGCCUGAGCCAGAACCAGAGCCGGCACCUGUGCAGCCUGAGCCAGAGCCAGAACCAGAACCUGCGCCUGAUCCUGAGCCGGCACCUGCACCUGUACAGCUCUCGAAAACUGAGAAAAAGAAGAAAAAGAAGGCCAAGGCUGUCGAAACAGAACCCGUACCACCGGAACCUCAGCCAGAGCCAGAGCGGGCGCUUGAGGCCGAGGCCGAACCGGAGCCUGAGCCUGUAGAGCCACCUGCCCAGGAGCCAAAUGUCACCAAGAAAAUCAAGAAAAGCCCCAAGUCCAGAAAGGCUGAACCGACCAUGGAGGUACCACUAGCUGGAGAUGUACCUGCUGAAGCGCCUGGUGCAGAUGCUGGUGGUCCGCCUACUCCUCCACCUGAGCCCGCGGCACCAGGCAGAUCAGCGAAGAAAGAGCGCGCUCGAGUUGAGCGAACUCCAGGUGUCGCUUCGUGGGCCUUCUGGGGUGCUACCCCUACUCCUAGGAAAUCAGCCCAUAGAGAGGUCAGGUCUAGCCGAAGGGAACCUUCACCCGGCGGAGUCGUACGGUCAAAGUCCACCAGACAUUCAAGGCGACAAGAAGUGCCUCAUGAGGCGGAACAGACGUCUGGUUCUGACAGAGACAAACGACGAGGAAGCAAAGAGGAUCGGGCGACAACCUUCUCUAACUUCAUCCUUGGCGGCCCUCCUGCGCCAACCAGAACGAAGUCAUCACGUAGGCAUGGAGUGUCCGCGUCUAAGCAGGCAUCUAGGCGGCCGUCCAUCGACAUGGAGGAGGCCGCAAUGCCAACCCCUCCACCAGACGAGAGAUUUAAAGUGUCGGACAAAGCAGCGAGGAUGAUGGGAGUUAGUGCAUCGAGGCACAAGGAAAGACCGCGUGGGUCGCGGAGAAGAUCUAGCGUACGUGAUCCAUACGCUAUUGAUGACGAUAUUGUCGUCGUCGACCGGGAUGAGGUGGACGGCCAUUCACCGAAGGAAGACUCGAGAGAAUCCCGGGGUUCCAGGAAAAGAUCCAGUACAAAGUCGCGGUCCAGAGCGUAUGAAGAUGACGCGGUCAUGGUCGAGCCAGAUCAAAACCACCAAGGCCCAGAUGUAAUGUCGGGUCCGGAUGAUCUGGCACCUGUGGAAGCACCGAGGGAACGACGCGUAAAGCGCUCUAAUACCUUGCCGAAGAAACAAGAGACUGGCGGUUUCAUGGGUCUCAUCGGCUCGCUGCGAAGGAACACACGCCCCGAAAUGCCAGACCGUCGGAAAUCCCGCUCUUACCGUGAUGAAGAUUUCAGGUACAUGACGGAACCAGAGCGAGACGAGGCUCGACGCUUGAGGCGAGAAGAAAGGAGACGCCGCUCCAUGAAACCUGAUGUCGACGACGAAGGCUUCGUUACCGACGGCGGGCCUGUCAGAGGCAUACCAGAUGCCGAAGCGGAAGAAGCUGAAGCUAGGAGAGCGGCACGCCGAUCACACCGCACAUCACGCCAUGCGCCUUCUGAUCAAUUUCGGGAGGAAGAGGCUAAGGAAGCCGAAGAAAGACGCGCCAGGCGGAGAGAGAGAGAACAAGCUCGCGAGCGGGAGAUGUACGAGAGGCAAAUCCGAGAAGAUGAAGAGAGAGAAGCAAGACGUCGAGAGGAAAGGCGCGCCCGCCGGGCGGCUCGCGAAGCACAGCGUGCCAAGGAGGAACAAGAGGCCAGGGAGGCAGAAGCUCGCGCAGAAGCUAAAGCUGCAGAACGACGGGAACGGAGAAGACAGCGGGAGGCAGAGAUGCUCGAAAACCCAGCAUACAAUUCAGGGUCCAGACGGCGCCCUCCACGUGCUUCUGAGAGAGCACCGGAAGAUUACUAUCUUGAUCACCGCCAUGACGUGGAACAAAGACCUCGACGGUCUCACCGAUCCGUCGACGAAGGCGAGAAAUCGAGACGGCGAACGUCGAGAGCCCCAGAGCCGGUCAGACCUCCGCCUAUGAUGUCUGGGGCUCGGAGGGAUAAGACCACGUCCUGGGUCGAUUCGCAGGCGGUUGAUCCUCCCGAGCCCCCUCCAAUCAUGCCAACGGUGCUCGAUGUGCCACUUCCUCCGGGUGACCAAAACGCACACUCCAUAUCGUCGGACGAGGAGGCGCGACGUGCUUUGCGCCGCCGGGCUCGCCGACGGGCCAGAUACCCGGGCCUCGGCGAUGAAGAGAUCGAAGAGCUGCGCGCGCGGAAGCGUGAAGCCCGACGAUCUGACCGUGCGAAAAGCAGCUCUGGCAGUGGAGAUUAUGAGAGGGACCGUGGAAUGAGGUCGUACGACGGCCGGUUUCCUGCCGUGCCGCCUCCUACCUCUGGCGCAAAGAUGUCCAGUUGGUUCAAGAAACUGACCAAUCUAUGA